GUAUGACCAAACUAGUAGACUAUCUCAUUUACUAGCACCACCUCAAUCUCAAAUAUGUCAAUAUUAGUGCAUUAUUCACACUGACAGCUGUUAUGCACCUCAAGGAAUUACAAAUCAUUAAAAUGUCCACUGCAACCUUAAAUGGAUUGGAUAUGACGUAGCCUGCUAGACAAAGCAUUGGAAGUGUCUCGUUGGGAAAAUGCCUUGAAUUUCUAUACACAAAUACCGGGUCGGAAGAUGGUAGCAAAACAACGAAUCCGAAUGGCAAACGAGAAGCACAGUAAAAACAUCACUCAGAGGGGGAACGUGGCGAAGACACUGAGACCACAAGAGGAGAAAUAUCCGGUGGGACCAUGGCUUUUGGCACUUUUUGUAUUUGUUGUUUGUGGAUCAGCUAUCUUUCAGAUCAUUCAAAGCAUUCGAAUGGGAAUGUGAAUCCCAGAAUUCUUCAUAUACUGUAUCCUGGAUUACAUCUGAAGGAGAUUUGUGGGGGUUUGGAUACAAUCUGACAGAGAUCUGGAGAGUUGAAAUAUUCGUUGUGGGUCAUGUAUGCCAAGGAUCUUGAUCUACUAUGUGUUCAAUACUACAUGACAUUGUCCCACAUGUUUACAGUGUGCCUGGGAACAAAUACUUUUCUACAAUUGUUGUCGUUGUUGAUUCCACACAUCUUUCGCUUUUAUCAUAUGUGAUCACCAGUUACGUACGUUAUUUAUCUAUUUAACUGUGUUUGCGUGAACAUUUUAAAAUAAACGUCAAACACAUUUUU